AUGUUACCGUCAACGAAUACAAUUUGUAUAUUAAUCUUUUCGAUAUCAUUUGUGGCCAAUGGGAAAAGCAAUGAUAUUAAUCGGCCAACAGUCGGAAUCAUUCGUUGGGAUGCAUGGAAUUUAGUCCAUGGACAAUACGAUGAGAUUUCAUUUUAUUCACAUCGAGCAAUGAGUCCGGAGCAUUUUCACUAUCGGUUACCAUUUUUUGCAAAAGUCAACUCGGAUACAAAUGUAACAAUCAAUGGGGAUACACAAGAAAUUAUGGAUAAAGAAAUCCUAUAUGCAAGUUACGCUGGUUUUGAUUAUUGGGCAUUCGAUACGUAUUGUGCAUUUGGUCCUAAUUGUACAACGAACUCACCAUACUGUGCUCAAUACUAUCAACAAACAUCGACUCGAUAUUGUCCACAGAAUCCUGCUUAUGGUUUAUAUCGUUAUUUGUCAAGCAGAUACAUCGCCCUGAUUAACUUUACAUUCGUUCUGUUAGGAUCAUCACCAUGUGGAGACGAAUUUCAAGAAUAUUAUAUUGAACUUAUGAUGCAUCGACAAUUUCAGACUGUUCUAGGUGGUCGACCAUUAUUAUAUCUGUUUCAGUUUGAUGAUCAAGAAGCUCAACUCUGCGGUGGAGGUUGGGAAGGUAGUCGACGUGUAUUUGAUAGUUUUCGUCAAAAAGUUAUCAAUCGAGGUUUACAAAAUCCGUAUCUAGUUCUCAUGGACGGUGAUAUCCAACGAUGCAAAAUCCGUGCAGCAACAAUUGGAUUCGAUGCAAUAUCAUCCUAUGGACUUGGUGGCGGUGGAACCGUCCAGGGUUCUCCAUUUAGCGAUGAGGUUCAACGAAGUGUACAAUGGUGGAAUGCAGCGCUACAAAGUGGAGCAAAAGUUGUUAUUCCACUUUCUACGGGUUGGGAUCCUCGACCACGAUAUGAACACCCAGUUCCGUGGGUUGAUCAAGGGCCUGAACAUUUUCUACAGCCAACUGCUAAGGAAUUGCAAGAUUUUCUCAAAACUUCGCUCGAACUAACAUGUACUAAUCAAAAUGUAACAGAAGCACAGACAGUCAUUGUUUAUGCUUGGAAUGAGAACAGUGAGAAUGGAGCGGCAUUAAUUCCAUCAAUCGGUAAUGGGACAUAUUAUAUUUCAGCUCUCUCCGACAUGCUUCCAAUGACUUGUUAG